AUGCAGAAUUAUGACAAUAUCUUGAACAUUUAAAGUCAAAGUACAGCUCGUGAGUAGAGUUAAAAUCUCAGAUAUGCCAAGAGUAAUUGUGGCUAUGUCUCUAGAGACAGCUCAAAGUCUAAUCUAUAGUAUUCUCAACAGCCUUCUCAAUAAUAAGUGUUUUCUUAUUAGACUUCAAGCAAUAAUACAAUGGCUUCGUCUUAGAAUCAGUUUAGUGCAAAUCAAAGUUACCACCAAAAUCAUUAAAAGCAUCAACAGUAUAAUAACUAAGUCAAAGACAGUAAAAACUUUAGCACGACUGACUUGCAUUAAGCAGGAGUGAAUUCAGCCAGAGUCACUCAUCAAAACUCCCAUGUAAAUAGAAAUCAGAACAUGAUGAAAAAGUUGCAAACUUAAUCACCAUAGGUUUAAUUGAAUAAUUAAAACCAGUUAAUGAGUAUGAAUAACAACGUUCUCUAGGAGUAAUCUAUGAAUAAUGUGCACAAUAAAAAUGAUAAUAUCUAAAAAGCCAUCGAUAACUUAAAGCAUUUCAUAAAGGGUAACUUCCCAAAAAAUGCCCUUCAACAAAACAGCAAGCUAAUCCAAUCUAAAAAUAAUGUAUAAAAUUAGAAGUAAAGUUCUAGACCAUAAAUGUCUAUGAGCAAUAUGCUUAACUAAAAUAAACAGAGAGAAAUGAGUGAGGAUCCUAAAUUAUUGUUGGCUUCUAGUUUCUUCAAUAGAUAGCAAAUACAACAAAUGAAGACUUCUAAUUAAACAGAAGAGGAUGAAACUGACGCAGAAGAAGGAAAGAGGAAAAAUCCUCAUGAGCCAAUCCCUGCAUUUACCUCUAUUGAGAUUGCCAAAAAACUAAGAUAUAGAUCAGAGGAUAGAUAUAUCAACGACAGAAUGGAAAGAGAACUUAAAGCCUACUAAGUUGAAAUCGAGAAGAGAUUUGGCAAGUCAUAGCUUAAGGAUUUUGCAUUCCCUAGGGUAUAGACUCAAACUCCUUUAUUUUUCUCGACAAUGGCUGAAAUUUAGUAAGAGAGAACUGUAGAAGAAAACUAAAAUGAGAGAACUCGAAAACACAAACAAAACAAAAUGCUCAGCAUAGGUUCAAAUAAAGAGAAUAUUGAUAGUGAUAUCUCUGAUUUUAGAAUGGACUUAAAUUAGUUGAGCUCACCACAAUCUCCCUAUGGAUAUAAAGCUUAAGAAACAUCUGAAAAACUUCAAGGUGCAAACUAUACAAUAAAUGACUAUAAAAGAAUUCUGUAGCAGUUUUUAUCCUCUGGGCUACAGUCUGCCGAGCUUACUCCAUCUUAAUCCUAAUAACCAACAUUUAUGGGUCAAUAAAAUUAAAAGUAAUUGAAUCAGAUUCAGCAUCAAAGAUCACAAUCAUCAAGAAUGCAAUAGAGUUCAUAAAUGGUAUCUUAAAAAGUUCUUGCUAAUGCUAAGCAAGCUAUGCAUGAACAUUAGAACAAGCAAAAGUACAUAUAAAGCCAUAAACAUACUAAUCAUAGCAAUAAUAACGGAAAGCAUCUUUCUACAAUGACUGAUUAAUCCCUUACUAAAAUUCACAGAGAAGAAAGCGAGGAUAGAGACUUCGACACUAGUGAACAUCAUUAUGAUAGCAGCAGACCUCACUUCACUGAAGGUGCUGAGAAUGAUUAUUUCGUUUCAGGCAAUUUCAAUGAAAAUUUCAACGGUCUUGUUGAGUCUUACCAGACAAGUGGAUUAACUUCAAGUCAUCUGAAAACAUUCGAUUAUUCGAACAAAGUUGUGAAUAACAAAAACAAUAUCUUAACUGGAUAUCUAACAAAUGGACUGAAUCAUAAAUAAGUAAGUUCUCAUUCUCGUAAAAACACCAAUGAUGGCACCUAAAAGCCUAGAAAGUCUAAAGAAGGAAUAUCACUAAUGGUGGAUUAAAAAAUCAGCGGGCCAAAGGCAAGUAGUAAAGCCUAAGAUUACUUUAAAACAUUUUAUAAUAAGCCUGGAACAAACCAAGUAAAAUCUAAUGACAAAGCAAUUAGAUAGCCAACGUAAAGUAAUCACUCGAACAUUGUCUUCAAUUAAAAUAAUGAGCAGUAAAAUCCCUUUGUUACUUUAAGUUAGCCAAAUACUUAAAGUCUAAUCAGUUCAACAGCUUCAAAUAACUAGCCAGGUAAAUCUCACCAAUCGAACAAAUCAAUUAGUGGUAAGAUCUCACAGCCUCAAAUAAUAUCAUCUCAAAUUGCCCCAAAUCCAUUCUAAAUGUAAGUUAAUCUAAAGACUUUCGCUUAGGAUAACAAUUUGAAAGUGUAGACCAGGAAUAAUAAACUAACAACUGGAUCUGGAAUGCACGUUAGAGCCAAGACAACUUCAGACUUUGACACUUGCUAGACAGCGACAACCUCCAAAUUAAAAUCAAUAGCUGUUAAUCAAGAUAAUAAUUAGCAAUACAGAUAGAGUGAGAUUUUACAAAUGAGCACGAAUAACAAUGGUCUAAUGUCUUAUAAUUUGCAGACCAUUGACAACACUAAAACUUCAUUUAUUAAUGCCAGCAAGCAAUAGAAGAUACCAAAUAUGCAGCAUUAAAAUUAGAAGAGGAAAGAAGCCCGCAGUAAAGCAAAUGAGACUACCAAGACUUAAGCAAAUAAUAACUCUAAUACAAGGACUACAGUCGUAGAUGACAAUCUAAACAAGCAUGUCAAAUCCUUAAAGUUUUCAAAAAAUUCUUAACUUAUUGACAGUCGAUCUUAGUAUUCUCAAAUUCAUAGUACAAUAAAUAAUGGUCUAUGCACCGACCGCUAAGUUAAUCCCUAUAAUUAAUAAAUGAAAUAGAGUUAAAAUUAUCAGCAAAUGCUCUACAGUCAUAGAGAGCCGACUAAAUAAAUCUAAUAAAGAGAGAAUUCACACAACUCGAUUGAUAAUAAAAACAGCAAUAGCACAACUAGGGUGAACUGCCCAUACUCUGAUGCUCGCAACCAGCAUAAAAAUAUGAAUCCUAGAUCUCUGCUAAGUUCUUAAGUAACCUCAACGACAGCCUCUAGUACCCAAAAUAAUUAUCAUCAUGGAUAUUCAUCUUCAAUGUUUGAUGGAAAUCAUGGUGCAUCUAAAAACAAUAAUAUGAAACAUAUCUAUGCUUCCUUCUAAAACUAGGUUAACUCAGCAAAGACAAGUGUGAGAAAGAAGAAUAAGCUUGAUGCUUAGCAAUAACUUGCAUUAGCUAGAUCUAAUAGCAAACGCGACUUCAAAGUUAAGUGUAUGAAGAUCGACUUAUCAAAAUAACUAGAAUAUUGCACUACAGAAUCCAGUUAAUGA